AAAACAUCACACCGUAAGCUUUAUUGAUUUCUAACCUAACAUUUCACUCCGCCCUCAGGACACUGUCUCCCGUGAUUUUGUAGCCAUGAUACCUUGAGAUAAACACACCAAACUCCAUUGAAAAAUGUGGGAAUUUGAUGUUUUCUAGACUAUUGCCAAGUUCAACUCACGCCGUGGGACACAACUUAAUACCUGACGGGAAUAUUUGCAAUUUUAUCCUAACUUCGGCAUCUAAGUUAGUUAUCCACAAGCUCUCUUUAUUAGCAAACCAAGAACUUACUUUGCUUCAGACCACUGAUGCAGCGUACUUCAUACUGUUUUCUGGUGGAGGGAAAUUUAUUUGGAAAUAACAGACGAAGCUAUUCGUAAAGCUGAAAUAUUAUUCAAACAGGCUUCAUCCAGCCUGGUGCACUGGACGCAGACGAAACAAAACGUCAGGUACUACAUGUGCCGAUAUGCAAGGCAGCAUUAAACUGACACAUUUCUGAAUGGCAGCCGGGACCAGCGAGACGGCAGUGGGCUGGUCCUUUAAGAGCACAUUAAAAAAAAAAAAAAACAAAACAGCAAACCCCCGGUAGAUAAAGACAAAACAGAUACAUUGUAGCUACAGAAACAACCCGGCGGUGACAACAGAGCGGCGCGUCGACGAGGUGAAGGAUAUUUGUUUCGAGGAAAGGUGCCCUCAUACUCAGGCGAAGAGCAAAGCCAUCGCUAGCUGUCACCACUGAUAACAAGCCAUGGUGAAAAUCACUUUCCAGUCUGUCGCGGGACAGAAAGUGGAAAAGGAGAAUGAUGGCGACAAGACCGAAAUCCUCAUCCCUCAUCCGACGGAUGAGGAGGAGCUGGUUUUGCCGCUACGGCCCAGGAAAUCUCCCCUCAACGGCCUGUGCUGCUUGACUUUUGGCCUGGUCGUCUUCAUGUCCGGUCUGGUCCUGGCCUCAAUCUAUGUCUACCGCUACUACUUCAUACCUCAUAUCCCAGAGGAGAACCUGUUCCACUGCAGGGUCCUGUACGAAGACCCUGUGUACGCCCCCCUGCGCGGGCGCCAGGAGCUGGAGGAAAAUGUCGGCAUCUACCUGGACGACAACUACGAGCAAAUCACUGUGCCUGUGCCUCACUUUGGAGGCAGUGACCCUGCUGACAUAAUCCACGACUUCCACAGGGGACUCACCGCCUACCAUGACAUUGCUCUUGACAAGUGCUACGUCAUUGAGCUCAACACCACCAUCGUCAUGCCUCCACGCAACCUGUGGGAGCUGCUCAUCAACGUCAAGAAGGGAACAUACCUGCCUCAGACCUACAUCAUCCACGAGGAGAUGGUGGUGACUGGCAAAGUGCACAACAUGCGUCAGCUGGGACCCUUCAUCUACCGCCUGUGCAACGGCAAGGACACUUACCGUUUGAAGCGCCGUGCCACCCGCAGACGCAUCAACAAGCGCGAGGCAAAGAACUGCCACUACAUCUGUCACUUGGAGAAUACAUUCGUGGUUGAGACAAUUAUCUGCGAUGAAGCAUAAACGACAGUUAUCCAUAACAUCCCACCCACCCAAAGGCACAUCUCCAGUCACUUCUCCAGCCACUGUAGCACCCUCCUGUGGAUUUACUUUUAGUCACAUCUCAGUUGCACUUUACUGGUGAUUUUGGUGUCCUUUGUAAAAGAUGUCUUUUUUAUUUGAAUACUUGCUUGAUUUUUUUUUUAUUUUUUCAGAAGUAAUUUUCAUCCUCAAGUGUGUUGCAAUACUAUUCUACUGGUUCUAUCACUGGAUUUUCAAUGUAGCAAAGUCCUUCAGCCAAUAAUGAAUUAUGUUUUACAGACUUCUUCUCUUUGGGGAUUGCUUUGAUGGUUACUGUCGUUAAGGGGGACAACUGUCUCCACGUGUUGUCAAGUGAUUGUACUUAUGUUUCCCCUCCUUGCCCUGGAGAUUACUUUGUGUCUCUUAGUCCUAGUGGCACAGCCAGCUGUGCAAGGCAUGAAACCCUGCUUUUCUGUGCAAGAAUCUCCAUAGAUAUCCUCUGUUCCCUUUCUUUUUGUCUCCUCUAUUAGUCUAUCACUGCUGCACCUUAUGCACUCCCCCUUGCUUGCCUCCAUGUUUUCCCCAUGUCCUUGACUCUGCUUUGCUUUUUCCUCCUAAAUAGCUUUGUCACAGGGUUGGUGGAAGAGAACAUUGCAUUGGUUACUUCUGUGCCAGUGUCUCAAUAAUGAAUCUGAAAUUACUGGGCAUUAGAUAUCAUUCACUCUAUUUGUAUAAUACCACAUCAUCUUGUAACAGGCGGAGACCCCAAUUUAGUUUUGUUACUUCACAUUUUUCAUUUGAGUUCCUCCUUUCAGGGGGUGCAUAUUGUCAUUUUGUUUGCACACUGUUUAUCAAUGCAUUUGUGAAUCAUUUUAAACUAUUGUCUUUGUUUACCCUUGCAUGUGUUUAUCUAUAAGAACAGCACUGUUAGAAUGUUUUGUAAAACAACGUUUAAAGCCUUAGUCCAGAGCCCGCAACUGGACUAAAGUCAUCACUACUAUAAGGGAGCAUAUUAUAUGAUAUGUUAGUUAAAUGAAAACAAACUUUUAUCUGUAUAUUUUGUCUGCUGAUGAAAUCUGUCUGUGAUUAAAGUAGUUAAAAUAACUGGG